AUGGAUCGGUUCCCGGAGGAGUUGGUGAGCGCCCUGAAGGAAGUGGUGGAGAACAGCGGCUGGCGGUGUGUGGGGGAGAAGGAGAGGUUCCGGGCUCCGUGUACCAAAUUGUACUCAGAGGAUGGGGAACAUCUGGUUCUAAUUCAGGCAGAUGGCAAAUUCUAUGCCAUGGAUUCUGCAUGUCCACAUGAAGGAGGACCGUUGGAGCAGGGGGACAUCGAAGAACUGUGUAAUGGUCGCUUCGCAUUAACUUGCCCCUGGCAUUAUUUUGAGUUCUGCUUGGAAGAUGGAUCCUCCUCCUCUGGACUACAGAAUCAAGUAUAUGAAGUGAAGGUCUGUGAAGGGAAGGUGUAUAUCAAGACUCCGAACGCAUUGUCCCUUACUCCUUGGAAGAAUAGUAAAUGUGAGAGAUCAGACAAUACAGAAUCUGGAGAAAGUGCUAAAGGGGUAGAAGACGAACGUUCGUUGACUUAUUGGGCCUCUAGAAUCCUUUGUACUGCAGAUCCAGAAGAGAAGGCGAAACUCACACAGCAAACACAAGAGUUGUGGAACGCAGGAAAGAUUGUGGACAUCGGUCAGACACAGCCUCCAACCCAACCGAAGCGAAAAGAAAGUCUCACCAUAGUACAACCUGGCAGGAUCAAGAGAGGAAAAGGAGGAACACUGGCCAGUAGGAUUGCGUUGCUGCACUCUCUAGCAAACAUCGAGCAAUGGGCCAUAGACCUGUCCUGGGACAUUAUUGCACGUUUUGCUCAAUUCCAACUAAAAUCAGGAGAGAAACUUCCAAGAGAGUUCUUCUCAGACUUUGUGAAGGUGGCCGGAGAUGAAGCAAAGCAUUACUGCCUUCUACAGAAGCGCCUUACAGAGCUGGGCAGUACUUUUGGUGAUCUUCCUGUGCACAAUGGAUUGUGGCAGUCUGCGUCGGAUACUGCUCAUGACCUCCUUGGACGUUUGGCUAUUGUACAUAUGGUCCAUGAAGCCAGAGGUCUGGACGUUCACCGCGGACAUUACAGCGAUUCUCAGCUCAGGGGGAUGAAAGCUCAGCCCAGGUACUGGAAGUCAUUUACACUGAUGAGAUCACUCAUGUGGCAGCUGGUCUGAAGUGGUUCACUUACAUCUGUGCCGAAGAGCAGCGGGACUGCUUAUCCACAUUCCAUGAACUGGUACCAUUAUAUUUCAGAGGUUACCUGAAGCCACCCUUCAACACUGAGGGCAGGAAAUCAGCUGGGAUGUCAGAAGAGUGGUAUCUUCCUUUGGUGAAACCAUCCUGA